ACUGCAACUGUGGAACCUACGUUUUCAACAUCGGGAGUGACUAUGACACAAGAAUCAACCAAAGACACAAUGGAAACAACUACAGCUAUGUCCUCAAGUGCAACAGAAACUUCAACCAGUAUCUCGCCAGAACCAAGUCCCUCACAACCUUCUACGGUUACCAGUGAGCCUGUCACUACAAAUGAACAAACUUCAGCGGUCACGGACGGGCAAAUAUCAGCCACCACCAUUGGACUCUCAUCUACCCAGGGAACUGAAAGUACAACUACACAGCCAACUGACACAACAACUGAAGCUGGAACGACCCAUGAUGAGCACACAACAAAGGCAGAAAUGACAACAAUGCCAGCUGAAGCAACAACCACUGUCACACAAGAACCAUCGGCUAGCCAAGAGACUUUGACAAGCCCAUCUUCCUCAAUGACUUCUGGUCACACAACAGCGCCCUCUGACGUUACGAGUGAGUCUCUUACUAGCACUGCUGGAACCUCAACUCCAAGUGAGGCAUCAACAACAACGUAUGAAGCAAAAACAUCUCCUGAAGAAUCAACAGCGACCACAGAUGGUUUAACAACUGCAACUGUGGAAGCUACGUUUUCAACAUCGGGAGUGACUAUGACACAAGAAUACACCAAAGACACAAUGGAAACAACUACAGCUAUGUCCUCAAGUGCAACAGAAACUUCAACCAGUGCCUCGCCAGAACCAAGUCCCUCACAACCUUCUACGGUUACCAGUGAGACUGCCACUACAAAUGAACAAACUUCAGCAGUCACGGAUGGGCAAAUAUCAGCCACCACCAUUGGACUCUCAUCUACCCAGGGAACUGAAAGUACAACUACACAGCCAACUGACACAACAACUGAAGCUGGAACGACCCAUGAUGAGCACACAACAAAGGCAGAAAUGACAACAAUGCCAGGUGAAGCAACAACCACUGUCACACAAGAACCAUCGGCUAGCCAAGAGACUUUGACAAGCCCAUCUUCCUCAAUGACUUCUGGUCACACAACAGCGCCCUCUGACGUUACGAGUGAGUCUCUUACUAGCACUGCUGGAACCUCAACUCCAAGUGAGGCAUCAACAACAACUUAUGAAGCAAAAACAUCUCCUGAAGAAUCAACAGCGACCACAGAUGGUUUCACAACUGUAACUGUGGAAGCUACGUUUUCAACAUCGGGAGUGACUAUGACACAAGAAUACACCAAAGACACAAUGGAAACAACUACAGCUAUGUCCUCAAGUGCAAUAGAAACUUCAACCAGUGCCUCGCCAGAACCAAGUCCCUCACAACCUUCUACGGUUACCAGUGAGACUGCCACUACAAAUGAACAAACUUCAGCAGUCACGGAUGGGCAAAUAUCAGCCACCACCGUUGGACUCUCAUCUACCCAGGGAACUGAAAGUACAACUACACAGCCAACGGACACAACAACUGAAGCUGGAACGACCCAUGAUGAGCACACAACAAAGGCAGAAAUGACAACAAUGCCAGCUGAAGCAACAACCACUGUCACACAAGAACCAUCGGCUAGCCAAGAGACUUUGACAAGCCCAUCUUCCUCAAUGACUUCUGGUCAAACAACAGCGCCCUCUGACGUUACGAGUGAGUCUCUUACUAGCACUGCUGGAACCUCAACUCCAAGUGAGGCAUCAACAACAACUUAUGAAGCAAAAACAUCUCCUGAAGAAUCAACAGCGACCACAGAUGGUUUCACAACUGUAACUGUGGAAGCUACGUUUUCAACAUCGGGAGUGACUAUGACACAAGAAUCAACCAAAGACACAAUGGAAACAACUACAGCUAUGUCCUCAAGUGCAACAGAAACUUCAACCAGUAUCUCGCCGGAAACAAGUCCCUCACAACCUUCUACGGUUACCAGUGAGACUGCCACUGCAAAUGAACAAACUUCAGCAGUCACGGAUGGGCAAAUAUCAGCCACCACCGUUGGACUCUCAUCUACCCAGGGAACUGAAAGUACAACUACACAGCCAACUGACACAACAACUGAAGCUGGAACGACCCAUGAUGAGCACACAACAAAGGCAGAAAUGACAACAAUGCCAGGUGAAGCAACAACCACUGUCACACAAGAACCAUCGGCUAGCCAAGAGACUUUGACAAGCCCAUCUCCCUCAAUGACUUCUGGUCACACAACAGCGCCCUCUGACGUUACGAGUGAGUCUCUUACUAGCACUGCUGGAACCCCUGAUGAGCACACAACAAGGGCACCAACUACACCUACCACACCUUCUCCAACUACCCUAACUACUACACCCAGUCCAACUUCUACAACUGCACCUCCUUCACUGACGUCACCUUCACCCUCAACAACUGGACCUACACCUCCGAUUAAUGUGACUUUGGACACCAUUGAAGUAUCAACAGAUGUCAUUGUUAGACUCAACAAAACAUUUAAAGAAGAGUUCCGUGACCCAUCAACACAGGAAUAUAAAAAUUUUACAAAAGAUUUCACUAACACGAUGACCUUACUAUACAACAGAACUAUUAAGAAUUUUAUCGGCAUAGUGAUAAUAGGACUCAGGAAGGGCAGUGUCGUGGUGGAGCAUGAGGUUCUACUGCGCAUAGUGAAUGGGAAGAACCUAACUAAUGACAUUGCUGAGUCAGAAGAACAGAUCAAGGACAUUCUCAAUGAGGCCAAAAACUGCACCACAGGCCAAGACGGCUGUCUUGACUUGGACAUCAUAGGAGAUGUCAUAGUAAAGAAUUCCACGUUUGAUAAAGAAUCGGUAUGCGACCAGGCCAGACUAGAUAAGGACUUGAGGAUAUACUACCAUGCAGCAGAAAUAGAUGGGCGACUGAGCUGCGUCUCUCCCUGUUCCUCCCGACACAACAGGACAAAGAACUGCAACACCGGCACCUGUAGUAUGUCACAGGACGGCCCGGUCUGCAGAUGUAACCAGGACUACUGGUACCUAGACUCCGACUGCUACAGUCCUAUCCUGAAGAGGGACCUCUUUGCCGCGUUACUGACCCUGACAGGACUGGUGAUAGCAGCUGUGGGGGUCAUGGUGGUCUACGUAACCUGGCAUAGACGACAAUUACACAGGGUGAAAGACGUCCAUACUGAACAAGUUAACCAGUGGCUGGAGGAAGACUUUGAAUGGCCCAACAGGCCAAAUAUCAGUGGCCACUUGGUUUGUUCAAGUAGUACCACAGUCCUAACAGAGAACGACCCUAACCCACCUUAUGGUGGCCGAGUGGGCUUGCAGUACGACGCAGAGGCAGAUUCCCUGUCAUGCUCCAGUACAAGGCUGCCGUCUCCCUUACAUGGAACACAGGCACAGAUGUCCAGGAGGAGGUCUGAGACCAUCUGCCAUGACUACAGUUCCUGGGGUGCUGAUAGGGACGCCAUACAAGUCAUACAGACUACUGCCAACCCGUCAGGGCAGCAUUUUACAUUGAGUGACCCUGGCAGCCAAUCAGAGUUUAGGAUCAGCAGACCGGGGAUAAGGACUUACUCUGAGAUCUAGUGGAACAUCCUGAUCUCUUAAAACAUCAGGACUGGACAAAGAACAGGAUAAUACAUUUAAAGAAGUGUUUCUCAUCGACCAAUGGAAUAAAACAGACGGAAAAACGAUCUCUAUGGGACAGUCUCGUCUUUGGGAGUGAAGCCUGAAUAAUGGUUGUGGGACAAUGCUUUAAAAAGCACUACAUAGGAUUGUCCAAAGCUGUAUGGUUUCCAUGGACUCACUGAUACAGGUGGACUUGAAACCCAACCUCAGGUUCAUUAAUGGAAUAAUCUGCUCUCAAAUCAAUUACCUAUCAGGACAUCUAAGGAAACAACAUAUUUUAUAUACUGUACUUCAGUGAUGCAUGUUUACAAUUAGUCUGCCCAGUGAUAUGAUAUCUUAUUUAUACCAGUUUGCCAAUUAGCAUAUCAUGUUUUGCACUUUGGUACUACUUUGGUACUAAAACGAAUGAAUGUAAAUAAUGUUGUAAUAUCACAUGUAUAUAAUAAUAUGGCCUAACAAUGUGUCUGUUUAUAGAGAACAGAUAUUGCACUGUGGUAGUUCUUACACACACAAAACAUAUUUCAAAUGUGUACCAAAAACAAAUGGUUAUUUCCCCACUCAUUUUUGUAAACUGCAUAAUAUCAAACCAAUAAUACAAUUGCAAAUUGUGUUUAGAAUAUAUACGGCUUUAACACUAUUCACACACAAAUAGAACAAUAAUCGCACUUGAUGAAAUUGGCAAUCAAAUGAACCAUGAUUGAAGGCCCAAGUGAGACAUUUCUGAUCAAAUAAAUACUGCUGUAAUAUGACUGUAUAUCUCAAUUUUUACUAAUCAAGUGCAUAUAAACAUUCUAUGAAAUCCUCAA